AUGCAAACAUUUGCUCCUGGAAGAAGAGUCUACCUCAACCUCAACCUCAACCUCAUCAUCGUCGUCUUCAUAUCGCUUCUCGCUCUGAUCGUCAUGGCUGAAUCUAGCGGUGAAGCAAAGGUUCACAUCAUCUACACCGAGAAGCCCACCGGUGAGGAGCCUAAAGAGUAUCAUCUCCGUACCCUCUCCAAAGCUCUCGGCAGUGAGCAAGCUGCAAAAGAUGCUCUGGUUUACAGUUACAAGGAAGCUGCUUCUGGGUUUUCAGCUAAGCUCACACCUGCGCAAGUCACCGAGAUAUCCAAACAACCAGGGGUGCUUCAAGUUGUGCCGAGCCAGACCUACCAGUUGCACAAACCUCGUGGUGGUGCUUUCAAGUUGACCUAA